CAUAAUAUUCAACCUUCUUUAUAUACAGCUAAUGUAAGAAGAUCUCCUCGCGCGCUAAGAGCUGAAGAAAUUAACCAUCCCCACUGCUCCAUUUAUAUUUUUUUGCUUACAUAAGAAAGACAAAACAUGGCAGAUACGUUGGUGAAUUUUCUGGUGGAGAACCUGUUGCAGCUAGUAACUGAAAAUGUGAAGCUGAUUGCUGGUGCAAAAGGAGAGCUCGAUAAUCUGCUUGAAGAUGUUCGAAGUUUAAAUGCCUUCCUAAGUGAUGCCGCAGUAGAGGAAAGCAACAGCAGCUUGUGGAAAGAUUUUGUCAGGAAGAUCCGAAUUCAAGUGCAUAAAGCUGAGGACGUCGUUGAAAAAUUCCUGGUUCAGGCGAAGCUACAUGAAGAGAAAAAUGCAGCGGAGAAAGUUUUUUAUAUUUUCGGACAUACCAAAAGAGUUAGGAAUCUUGCAAAGGAUAUCAACGACAUCCGCGAGAAGGUGAAGGAAAUUCGCAGAGAUAAUCCAGAAGCUCUCCAGCCCAAACGAAUGCUUGAUCAACAAAGAACAGUUGCACGGGAGCCUCAGCCGGAGUAAUACUUAUGCUGCUAUAGAUCUUCUCAUGCAGGAUACUUUCUUGGAGGUUAAACAAGUGGUUGGCUUUGAUGACAAAGCGAAAUAUGUGAUUAGACGACUUAUUGAAGGAUCAGAGGAUCUGGAGUUUGUCCCUAUUGUAGGUAUGGCCGGACUUGGCAAAACCACACUGGCAAGAAAAGUAUGGAGUGAUUCUCAGGUUACAACUGAAUUUUCCAAGAACAUUUGGGUUUCUGUCGGCCAGUCAAACGAACUAAAGCAAAUCUUUUUUGUGAUUCUCAAAUUCAUGGGAGGCGUUGAAGAAUUUCGCUGUGAUGAUGGGAAAGAAUUGGCUAAAGUAAUACGUGAAUUUGUGACUGAAAAAGACAAAUGUCUCAUUGUCUUGGACAAUGUGUGGGCAAGAGACCUUGUGGAUUUUGUCAAAAACGUACUCCCAGAAAACAAGAAAGGUCAUAGGAUCAUGAUGACCACUCGCCUCAGAGAUGUAGCUAGCUAUGCCAGUGAAUAUCCUUAUGAUCUGAAAUUUUUGACUUCGGAUGAAAGUUUUCAGUUGCUUAAAAAGAGAGUUUUCGGCAGUGGAAGGUGUAGCGAUGACUUAGUAAAACUUGGAAAAAGUAUUGCAAGGAAAUGUAGCGGAUUACCACUUGCAUUAGUGGUAAUUGCUGAAGCUUUACUAAAGGUUCAUCCGACCGAAUAUGAUUGGGGAAAAAUCGAGGACAAUGUGUGGCAGCACCUUGUGAAAGAGAAUGACCCAACCAGCUGCUGGAAAAUUGUGGAAACCAAUUACAAAAGUUUGUCCACAGAAAUGAAGGCGUGCUUCUUGUAUUGCCUGGCUUUUCCUAAAGGCUAUGAUAUCCCUGCUCAGAAAUUGAUUCGCUUGUGGAUCGCAGAGGGAUUAAUAAGGUCCAGCCCCCGGAAUACCCUCGAGGAGAUAGCAGAGAGUUAUUUGGGGAAGCUCGAGGAGAGGGAUCUAGUGACAUUAUCGAGAGAAAUUACUGGUCCAAUAAAAAAGGUCAAAUGUAAUGACAUGUUCUAUGAGUUCUACAAGAUGGAAGUAAAUAACGAAAGGGUUUUUCAAGAACUACGUCUAACACCCGAUCAGGGUCUUCCAUCCAUACGAGAUCCAGAUAUUUCUCGUCGAUUGCAUAUUGAAUUCUCUGCUCUGUCUGAUUUUAUCUCCACAAAACCUAUUGCAGAACAUGUUAGAUCUUUCUUAUGUUUUUCCUCGGAAGAACAAUCCCAGUUUUCUGCUCCUGACAAUUUUCAACUCAUCCUCAAAGCAUUUCCACUGAUCAGGGUCUUGAAAAUUGAACCCGUCAAAAUUCCAUCCUCCAAGUAUCUUAACCAACUGUUUCAUCUGAGGUAUAUUUCAAUCUCAGGUGAUUUCAAGGAACUUCCUGCAUUCUUUGGUAAGUUCUGGAAUUUACAGUCGAUUAUAAUUAAUACAAGUACACCCGAGCCCACUCUUAACAUAAAAGCAAAUAUAUGGAACCUUUCACAGUUGAGGCAUUUCCAAACCAACAAACCUGCAAAAUUGCCGCUCCCUUCUACCCAAAAGGGUGAAGGUCGUUCCAGCCUACAAACUCUUUCUAUUGUUGCACCAGAAAGUUGCAACAAAGUUGUGCUUAGGAAUGCUAGGAAUCUCAAAAAACUGAGUAUGCGAGGCCGAAUAGAAGAUUUUCUUCAAACUAACAAGGAUGGAUUCAGCACUUUUGAAGGGUUUAACUGUCUAGAGAAUUUGAAACUGAUAAGUGUUGAUCCUUGCACUAGUGAUGCUCUUCAGCUUCCAAGAGCAUUAUUCAGAUUUCUACUCAAGCUUAAGAAGUUAACUUUGUCAAACACAAUGUUUGAUUGGAACGAUGCGACUAAACUGGGGCAGUUGGAAUGCCUUAAGGUCCUAAAGUUGAAAAAAGAUGCAUUCACGGGGAGAUUGUGGAAUCCGGUGAUAGGUGAUUUUCGAGAACUGCAGGUCUUGUGGAUUCAAAACGAUGACCUCCAACGUUGGGAGGCUACAAGAGUUCACUUCCCAAAAGUCAGGAAACUUGUUCUUAAGUGUCCUAAUCUUGAGAGUGAACCAGCUGAGCUAUCUGAGUUUAAGCAGACGAGUUAAUUAUUGGUGCUGAAAAAACGAAAGCAGUCAUAGGAAGAUCAUCAAACUCUAGCUCAUUGUAUUUGUCAACUGAUUCCAGGGCCACUUAGUGUAGUUAAAAGGAUAUAAUCCGGACAUUGACCGUGCUGAGAGCCUGGGAUCAUGGACAAAUAGAAUGCUCUUUCAUAUGUUGUCACCGCAUCUCAUGAUCUUUUCUGCAGUCCAAUCAUCUUGUAAGAUUGUUAUAAUAAAGAAACCUAUUUGUCUUUUGUUUAUUCAAGUUUUGUGAAGUUUGAAAUAAGUUUCACCACUAUCGGAUUGAAACACCCUUCCUGUAUCUGCUGCAUUUCAAGUUCCCGAUCAUGUGAAGUGCUUUCUUUCCGAGUUAUAAAGCUUUUACAUCUUUCUUGCC